UCAUUUCUUUUGUCUCGUCAACCAAACAGAGCAUCAAACACGAAAAAAGAAAAAAAAUUGAUAACAAAUCAGCUCCUUCGCUGUUUCUCUCUGUCUAGGCAAUGCAAUUCAUCUACUGACGGAUUGCUUCCUUCCUUGCUUGCUUGAUUGACUGAUUAUUAUAAACACGUGAUCAGAAUGAGGUUAUUAAGAUUAUGGUUAUUACUCUUAAUUAUGAUCGUGUUAAAUUCAAUUCCGUCGGAAUCAGCUGUUUCGAGUAUAGAUCUUGGUUCAGAUUGGCUAAAAGUAGCAGUAGUGAACCUAAAGCCAGGGCAAACCCCGAUUUCAAUAGCGAUUAACGAAAUGUCGAAGAGAAAAACCCCGGCUCUAGUUGCAUUCCAAUCUGGAACUAGGCUUUUAGGUGAAGAAGCUGCGGGGAUUACUGCACGGUAUCCGGAUAAAGUGUAUUCGCAUUUGCGUGAUAUGUUAGGGAAAACUUAUGAGCAAGUUAAGGAGUUUUUGGAGGCAAUGUAUUUGCCGUUUGAUGUUGUGGAGGAUUCUAGAGGGGCAGUUGCAUUUUGGAUUGAGGAUGAGAGUGCAAAUGUGGGAUUGUAUUCAGUUGAGGAGUUGUUGGCUAUGAUUUUAGGGUUUGCUGGAGAUUUGGCAGAGUUUCAUUCGAAGGCUGUGAUUAAGGAUGCAGUUGUUAGUGUGCCUGCAUACUUUGGGCAGGCGGAGAGGAGAGCAUUGGUUCAGGCAGCACAGUUGGCUGGGAUUAAUGUGCUUGCUUUGAUUAAUGAGCAUUCUGGUGCUGCUUUGCAGUAUGGUAUUGACAAGGAUUUCUCUAAUGGAUCGCGGUAUGUUGUGUUUUAUGACAUGGGUGCAAGUAGCACUUAUGCUGCGCUUGUGUAUUUCUCGGCUUACAAUGCUAAGGAGUUUGGGAAGACUGUGUCUGUCAAUCAGUUUCAGGUUAAGGAUGUCAGAUGGGACCCAGAACUUGGAGGUAGGAGUAUGGAAUCAAGGUUGGUGGAGUUCUUUGCUGAUGAGUUUAAUAAACAAGUUGGGAGUGGCAUUGAUGUGAGGAAGUCUCCAAAGGCAAUGGCUAAAUUGAAGAAACAGGUGAAACGUACAAAAGAAAUCUUGAGUGCAAACACUAUGGCUCCUAUUUCAGUUGAAUCCCUCUAUGAUGAUAGGGACUUCAGGAGCUCCAUAACACGUGAGAAGUUUGAAGAGCUCUGUGGAGACCUGUGGGACAGAUCUCUUGUGCCCAUCAAGGAAGUUUUGAAGCAUUCAGGUCUGAAGGUGGAUGAGAUAUAUGCAGUAGAGCUUAUAGGAGGUGCUACCAGAGUGCCUAAGUUGCAGGCUAAGCUCCAGGAAUUUCUUGGAAAGAAUGAACUGGACAAACAUUUAGAUGCUGAUGAAGCUAUAGUUCUUGGUUCGUCCCUGCAUGCUGCAAAUUUGAGUGAUGGAAUCAAAUUGAAUCGCAAGCUAGGAAUGGUUGAUGGUUCAUCAUAUGGAUUGGUGGUUGAGUUAGACGGGUCUGAUCUGCAGAAAGAUGAGAGCACCAGGCAGUUGCUUGUGCCAAGGAUGAAAAAACUCCCCAGUAAGAUGUUCAGAUCCAUCAUCCAUAAGAAAGACUUUGAAGUUUCACUGGCAUACGAGUCUGAUCUUUUACCACCUAGUGUUACCUCUCCUAUAUUUGCGCAGUAUGCUGUAUUUGGCCUGACAGAGUCAAGCGAGAAGUAUUCAUCUCGGAAUUUGUCCUCCCCCAUCAAGGCAAAUCUGCAUUUUUCUCUUAGUAAAAGUGGAAUUCUUUCAUUGGAUCGUGCAGAUGCUGUUAUUGAAAUAUCAGAAUGGGUGGAAGUUCCUAAAAAGAACCUGACUGUAGAAAAUACGACGACUACCUCCCCAAAUUUAACACUUGAAUCUGACACUAAGAACACUACUGAAGAAAGUGAUGUAAAUUUGAAUUCUGAUGGUGUGACUGACAACUCAUCCAACAAUAAUGUUGAAGGACCAAGCACUACUGAGCCUGUUACAGAGAAGAAGCUAAAAAAGCGCACUUUUAGGGUUCCCCUGAAGAUUGUCGAGAAGACAGUGGGACCUGGAAUGCCUCUGUCCAAAGAAUAUCUAGCUGAAGCUAAAAGAAAAUUAGAAGAAUUGAACAAAAAGGAUGCCGAGCGAAGAAGAACUGCUGAGUUGAAAAAUAAUUUGGAAGGAUAUAUAUAUUCUACUAAAGAAAAGCUUGAGACAUCUGAGGAGUUUGAGAAAAUUUCUACCGCAGAUGAACGGAAAUCCUUCAUUGAAAAGCUUGAUGAGGUUCAAGAAUGGCUAUAUACAGAUGGUGAAGAUGCCACUGCAAAAGAGUUUGAGGAACGCCUUGAUUCACUAAAAGCUAUUGGUGACCCAAUAUUUUUCAGGUAUAAAGAACUGUCAGCAAGACCAACAGCUAUAGAGUUAGCUCGAAAGUAUCCUGGUGAGCUGCAACAGAUUGUAAAGGGCUGGGAGACAAAGAAACCUUGGCUUCCAAAGGACAGAGUAGAUGAGGUAGUGGGUGAUGCUGACAAGUUAAAGAGUUGGCUGGAUAAAAAGGAGGCAGAACAGAAGAAGGCCUCUGGCUUCAGCACACCAGUAUUCACAUCUGAAGAAGUAUAUUUGAAGGUGUUCAGUCUGCAAGAAAAGGUUGCCAGUGUUAACAGAAUUCCCAAGCCAAAGCCUAAGAAGAAUGAAUCUGAAACCAGCAGCAAUAAAACAAGCAGCGCUGAUUCAACUUCUGGCGAGACUCCUGAAGAGGAGAAACAAACAACAGACUCGAAUGGUUCCGCUGAUGAAAAAUUCAACCCAGAUGGAUCGACUGUUGAAGACGUCAACCCAGAACCCGAAGCUCGUGAUGAGUUAUGAUUAAACUGGAAUGACCUGGAGGAUUCUGAGUUUAAAGUAUGGAGGCCGUAUACGAAAAGAUGGGGGGGGAGACGCAACACUGCAAUUUUAAUUGACGGGCGCCAAUUUUCCCAGGAGGCUGCUGCCUAUUCAUCAUCCCUCAUAUAUAAAGACGUUCCCCUUUGUGUAGAGCUCAUGAUUAUACCCACCCAGAUCGAGAGGCAUUUUCCGGGAAGCUAGUUUGCCUUGGAGAGAUUUUUGAUCGAUCAUCUUUACUUGUUUACAAAACAAUCGAUAGCUAUUCACCUUUCUUUUGAGGAAGAGUAUAUUCCAUUUUCAUUAUGAAAUAUAGUUUCUGUUUCCACGUA